AUGGCAUUACUGGCCUCGGCAAUUGGAUUUGAAGGUUAUGAAAAAAGGCUCGAGAUUUCAUUUUCUGAGCCUGGAAACUUUGUGGAUGCUGGAGAACGUGGCCUCCGAUCUUUGUCCAAAACCCAGUUGGAUGAAAUUCUAAUGCCAGCUCAAUGCACCAUCGUUUCCUCAUUAUCGAACGAUCAAGUUGAUUCGUACGUCCUAUCAGAGUCUAGCCUCUUCGUGUACCCGUACAAGAUAAUUCUCAAAACAUGUGGGACUACAAAACUGCUGCUUUCAAUCCCACCCAUCCUCAAGCUGGCUGAUAGUCAAAAGCUAACCGUGAGAUCUGUAAGAUAUACACGCGGAAAUUUCAUAUUUCCUGGGGCUCAGCCAUUUCCACACCGUAACUUUCCUGAAGAAGUUGCUAUUCUCGACAACCAUUUUCACAAGCUUGGUAUGAGCAGCGAAGCUUAUGUGAUGGGCGGUGCUGAUGAAAAUCAAAAGUGGCAUAUCUACUCAGCUUCUGCUCAAUCAGAAGAUAUUCUUNUCUACUCAGCUUCUGCUCAAUCAGAAGAUAUUCUUGGUCCGCUUUACACUCUAGAGAUGUGCAUGACCUGUCUGGACCAGAUGAAAGCAUCCGUAUUUUACAAGACUGAGUUGAGCUCUGCUGCAAUCAUGACUGAAGUUUCUGGCAUCAGGAAGAUUCUUCCGGAUUCUGAAAUAUGUGAUUUUGAUUUUGAACCUUGUGGUUACUCCAUGAAUUCUAUUGAAGGGGAUGCUGUCUCUACCAUUCACGUCACACCAGAAGAUGGCUUCAGCUAUGCAAGUUUUGAAGCAGUCGGAUAUGAUUUCAAACUGUUGGAUUUGACUCAACUGCUCGAUAGGGUACUGUCUUGUUUUCAACCAGCUAAGUUUUCUGUAGCUUUGCACUCUAAUGCCCAUGCGAUGGAACUGGAUUCGAAGUUCACUUUUGAUGUGAAGAAAUACAUUUGUGGAGAAAGGAGCUGCGAAGUGCUUGGCAAUGGUGGAUCAAUCAUGUAUAGUAGCUUCACUCUCGAUAGUUGCGGGUCUCCCAAAUCAAUUCUGCAUCGCUGUUGGAACGAGAACGACUGA